AUGCCUCUGUCGCUGUGGAAGCCGCUCUCCCACUGCGCCGCGCUGCUCCUGGACAAGAAGAACCGCCCGCCGCGGCCGCCGCCGGCGGGGGCGGGCGCGGGGUCCGGCGGCGGGCGGCGGCUGCAGGAGAGCAAGCUGCGGGAGGCGCUCGAGGAGGCGUCCGAGGACGGGUCCCUCGCCAAGUCCCGCGACGCGGCGCUCCUCGAUAGAGGGGACGGUGCGGAGGAGGGGUCCGUGGGGCGGUCCCGGUCGCUGGCGCGGCUCCACGCGCAGCGGGACUUCCUGCGCGCGACGGCGAUGGCCGCGGAGCGCGCGUUCCAAUCGCCGGACGCGCUCCCGGUGCUGGAGGAGGCGCUCGCCAAGUUCCUCGCCAUGUACCCCAACUACGCGUCCGCCUCGGACGUGGACCGCCUCCGCGCCGACGAGUACCCGCACCUGGACAAGGUAUGCCUCGACUACUGCGGCUUUGGCCUCUUCUCCUACCUCCAAAGCUGCAACCCUGCCGACUCGUCGGCUGCGUUCACGCUCUCGGAGAUCACCGCCAACCUCAGCAACCAUGCGCUCUACGGCGCCGCCGAGAAGGGCACCGCGGAGCACGACAUCAAGAACCGCAUCAUGGAUUACCUCAACAUCCCCGAGUCCGAGUACUGCCUCGUCUUCACGGCCAGCCGUGGCUCGGCCUUCCGGCUGCUCGCUGAGUGCUACCCCUUCGGCACCAACAAGCGGCUGCUCACCAUGUUCGACCACGAGUCCCAGUCCGUGAAUUGGAUGACGCAGGCCGCGCGUGACAAGGGAGCCAAGGCAUACUCCGCCUGGUUUAAGUGGCCCACUCUCAAGAUCUGCACCACCGAGCUCCGGAAGCUGAUCUCCACCAAGAAGCGGCGGCGCAAGGACUCCGCCACUGGUCUGUUCGUGUUCCCUGUGCAGUCGAGGGUGACGGGGGCAAAGUACUCCUACCAGUGGAUGGCAUUGGCUCAGCAAAAUCACUGGCAUGUCCUGCUCGAUGCUGGCGCUCUGGGGCCUAAGGACAUGGACUCACUGGGGCUGUCUCUGUUCCGGCCAGACUUCAUCAUCACUUCAUUUUACAGAGUGUUUGGGGCAGACCCAACAGGUUUUGGAUGCUUGCUGAUCAAGAAGUCGGUAAUGGCGUGCUUGCAGAGCCCGAGCGGCGGCACGGGGGCAGGGAUCGUGCGGAUUGUGCCGGUCUUCCCACAGUAUCUCAGUGAUUCAGUUGAUGGGUUUGAUGGUGUCCUGGAUGGGCUGGAGGAUGAUAAUAUCAUUCCAAUUGAGGAGGGGUCAGCGUCCAACAGUCACCAUGCAUCCCAAUUGCCUGCAUUUUCGGGCGCAUAUUCAUCAGCACAAGUGAGGGAGGUUAUUGAGAGCGAAAUGGACCAGGACAGUUCAGAUAGAGAUGGUGCCAGCACAAUAUAUGAAGAGAGUGAGAGUGUUUCUGUUGGAGAGGUGAUGAAGAGCCCUGUGUUCAGUGAGGAUGAGUCAUCCGAGAACUCCUUCUGGGUUGAUUUGGGACAGAGUCCACUUGGUUCAGACCAUUCAGAGCAAUCAAGCAAGGGGAAAUUGGGCUCUCCAUUGCCAGCGUCCUGGUUUGCUGGUAGGAAGAAUGCUAAGAAGGCGUCGCCAAAGGUGCCAUCCAAACUGUCAAGAAGCCCUAUUCAUGACAUCCAUGUUAUGUCAUUUGAUGCAGCCGUGAGGUCGGUAUCACAAGAACCAGGGCCUGUGAAAGUGGUUCCAGAUGAAGAUCAUUCACAUAAUGACUUCAAGAAUAUCCCUAUUAGUGAGAUUGAAGAAGAUAAUAAAGAUGCUAAAGUAAAUAAGAGGUUCGUAAAGUUUUCUUGUGCCAACGGCCCUGCUGAAGGCAGUGCAACCUCUGUUUUCGGGAGCUGUACUGCCCGUGAGAAUGGCUCCACAUCCGAGAUUUGCUCAGAAAGUCAAGCGGAAAACAAAGAGAGUGCUAUCAGAAGGGAAAAUGAAGGUGACUUCCGUCUACUAGGAAGGAGGGAAGCAUACAACGGCAGAUUCAAUGGUGGAAGAUUCUUUGGAGUAGAAGAAUCGGAACGAGCGUCAAGUAUGGGGUGCAAGGUAUCAUUCACCAUGGAUGAUAGCAGGCUCUAUCGUAAUUCAGAUGCUGGGGAAACAUCUGGGUAUGCAAUGGCAGAUGACGAUGACGACGAUGCAUACAGUGACUAUGACGAGGCUCAGGAUGGCAGGAAAGAGCCCGAAAUUAUCUGCAAACAUCUUGAUCAUGUGAAUAUGCUUGGACUUAGCAAGACAACACUUAGAUUGCGAUACCUGAUCAAUUGGUUGGUGACCUCAUUACUGCAGCUCCGGUUGCCUGAUUCAGGGGAUGGCGAGGGGGUACCCCUUGUUUAUAUAUAUGGUCCAAAGAUCAAAUAUGAUCGUGGAGCAGCAGUUGCAUUCAAUAUAAAGGACUGCAACACUGGAACCUCCCUGAUCAAUUCUGAAACUGUACAGAAACUGGCAGAAAAAGAAGGCCUAUCCUUGGGGGUUGGGUUUCUAAGCCAUAUACGCCUCACAGACAACCAGAAACAUGGUGCUGUUGAUGUGGGGCUAAGUUCUUCCUCUCCAGCAGCAAAUGGCCGUCGUGAAAAGAAAAAUAGCAAAAAUGCUAUUAUUGGGACCGAAGUUGUCACUGCUUCUCUUGGGUUCCUUACAAAUUUUGAGGAUGUCUACAGGUUGUGGGCAUUUGUUGCAAAGUUUCUUGAUUCAUCAUUUCUUGAGCAAGAGAGGCUAUCAUCUAUUCCUGAGGAUGCAGAAAGAUAG